GAAUUUAGUUCGCCUAAACGAACCGCAGCGAUCGCACCGCGCGAAUUGACUCGGAUCAGAAUUAAAUGAAUUUCUGUUAAAAGGAAAACAAGUCUUGUCGCUUUUUGUACUUAAUUCCCUUUGAUAAUUUAAUUAUUGUGCUCGAAAAAAAAUGAUUUUUCGUACCAAAUUCCUCUUGUUGAUGGCAAUCGUGAGCAUUUGUAAUGCUAAUGAAAACCCCAUAUAUCGGCGUCGGGAAUUGCAGCAGGUUCGAAACAAUCGGUCGUCACACCAUGCGCAGGUUCCUAUUAGCGAGAUGGUAACUCAAAUACAAGAACGAGUAUCUGCCAUGUCGACGAUGGACCAAACUCAUCUCAACAAACUGGAAUCUAUCGAGAACAAGCUUACCCAAUUCGAUUCGUCAACGAUUGCACGAUUGGAAGCUAUUCGUAUUCAGCAGCAAGAAAUGUCGAAGCAAUUACAGAACCUUGAUUAUGUACAGCGCAACACUCAAGCCGCUGUGGGUGACAUUCGCAACGAGAUUGACGUAAUGCGUUACAGUAUGGACCAUAAGCAAGACGAAGCUGCAUCACAUGUCCACGCUCGACAAGCUAACUUCGGACAAGCUGGCAACGAAACGGACACAUUUUCAGAAAAGCUCGACUCCUUGGCCAUAUUUUUAGCUUCAACUCGUGCCUCAGUUAGUCGCAUUGAAAAUGCUAUAAGUGAAUUCGGUACAAGUCUAAACAAAUUGACUCAGCUAACAAGAGGAACCCAUAAACGAUUGUCAAAUCUUUCAAGCAGACAUCAACCAACCUACAACUCCCCACAGUAUCCACAAUUAUACAACUCCUACGGACCACCACCACCACCUCCUGCAUUCGCUUCAGAGCCAAGCAGUUGUGCCCAGGCAUUAUUGCCUCAGACAGGAAUUCAAAAAAUCCAAGUUGAUCCACAAAGUGAACCCUUCUACGCUCUCUGUGAGUCAGCCGAUAAGGGCGGAUGGACCGUCAUUCAAAAUCGUUUUGACGGGUCCAUCAGCUUCAAUCGUGACUGGGAGGAGUACAAAAUUGGUUUUGGCAACUUGGCUGGGGAGUUUUUCAUCGGAAUGGAGAAGUUACACGCACUGACAGCAUCCACACUACAUGAGCUGAUGAUUGUCCUGGUUGAUUUCAGCAACCAGACCCGAACUGCUAGGUACAAUUCCUUCGCCAUUGCCGGUGAAAAAGAGUUCUAUGCAUUGCAUAUACUUGGCGAAUACUCAGGCACUGCAGGGGAUUCACUAAGCUUCCAAGCCGGAAAUAAGUUCUCCACGUUUGACAACGACAAUGAUGGCUGGGUUGAGGGCAAUUGUGCUCAGGCACACACUGGUGCCUGGUGGCAUGCAGCGUGUGAGAUGAGCAACCUAAACGGACAGUAUUUGAAUGGAGACGUUGAUCCGUCACAGCAGUUCCAAGGCAUGUACUGGAAUGACUUUCAUGGGCCAUUGUAUUCGCUGAAAUCUGUGCAGAUGAAGAUUCGUCCUAUUGACCAGAAAGAAGCUUUUUAGAUAGGCAAAAAUGUGUGAUUAAUCAAAAUGUUCUCUAGGAAUUUGUUUGCAUUUAAAAUUAUCUGUACUUAAUGUUUUUUAAUGAAAGUAACUUUUUUAAUUAAUUUAUGUUUUAUCGAAUCAAAUACAAAUUGAAGAUGUGUAACAACUUUUUUUUUAUAAAAAAAAUGCCAUAUUCUUAAGAGAUUUGUUGUAGAAAUCAUUGUGAAAUAAAUGAACAAAUGUUGAUCUGUGUA